AGACACUUUUUUAAAAAUCAACUAUUCAAAAUUUUUAUAUACUUACUAUUUAAUGUCUGUUACAGAUACAUCUUAUAUUUCUGUUUCACUUGAUGCAGAACCCUCAUUGAUAUCAGCAAUGACAUCACUCAGUGUUACAGGUACAAAUAAUGUUACUGUUUUAACAUCAAAAGAAUCUAUUUUUGAUGAUGCGUAUAAGCAUAUCAAUACACCUUUAACUCCUGUAUCUAAUGAGGCAUCACCUGCUAAACAACUAAACCUUCUAUCUUUACAACGAUCAAAUAAUAACACAAAUUUACCAUCACCGCCUUCUUCGUCACCAUUGCUUUCAGUUCAGGAUCAAAAACAGCCUACAUCGAACUCAUCAUCUGUAAAACAAAAACCUACACAAGACAUUAUGAGCACAAACGCACAACUUGAAUUUACUCCUAUUGUUGGAUACCAAUAUAAUAAUAAUAAUAUUUUAUAUAAUACUAGAGGAAAAUAUAUUCGAAAUACUAAUCUAAAUGCUACAAGCAAAUGUCCAGCAGAUCGUCAACAUACAUAUACUAUGAACUCUUUUCUAAGAAAUCAUCCAACACAUAUUAGACCUACUUGGUUUACACCACAUAAUCCUCAUCCUUCUUCAUUAUAUCAUUCAAUUCCAGCAGCUAAUAUGAUUCCAAAUCCAAUAAUAAAUACCAAUGCUUUUACAGCAACAUCAGGUGCCUACAGAUAUCCUGGACAUGUUCACACAUCAAUGUCUUCUAUUUAUUCUUCUUCGCCACAACUUCCUUCUACUCCAUUGAGUCCUCAAAUUGCUGGAAUGAUUGCAGCAGGUCCUCCUGUACCUGCCCCAGUUCCUUCAAUAUUUCCAGGUCCAACUUAUUAUGAUACCCUCGAAUCAUCUCUUCAAAAUCCUAAUAAAACAACUAAUGUUUAUAUUAGGGGACUUCCUCCGGAUACUACUGAUGAAAGUUUAUACAUUCUAGCAUCUAGAUUUGGGAAAAUUCAUAGUAGCAAAGCAAUUCUUGAUACACAAUCGGGAACAUGCAAAGGAUUCGGAUUUGCAUGUUUUGAACAAGAAGAAGAAGCAAAAGCAUGCAUUGCUGGCCUAAUGCAUUUUGGUUAUCAAGUAUCUUUUGCUAAAGAAUCUUUUAGCACAAGGCUUAAAAAUUUAGCAGAUCCAGGAUCAACUAAUUUAUAUUUAUCUAAUCUUCCUUUGAAUAUGCAUGAAAAAGAUUUAGAAGAGCAAUUUGCUCCAUAUAAAGUUAUUUCUAAUCGUAUUCUUAGAGAUUCAAAUAAUAUUAGCCGAGGUGUUGGGUUUGCUAGAAUGUCAGAUAGAGAAGCCGCUGAUGCGAUAAUUGAAAACUUUGAUGGUAAAAAAUUGCCAGGUGCUACAAUGCCAUUACAAGUACGAUAUGCAGAUUCUCCAUCUCAAAAACGCCUUAAAGGUCAAACUGCUCGACGUAGAUUAUGGAGAGCUCGAGAAUAUAAUGCUUUAACAGGCCGUACUAUAAUAGAUGAUUCAUUAGGAUUCUCUGGUUUAGGGCUAGGUAUAGAUCGUUACGGUAUUCAACAUAGUGGAACUGGUAUCACAGAUCUUCAUGACGAACUAUCCAAUUCUGGAACAUUCUCGAACUUACAAAUUGCAGGAAUAGCAGGAUAUCCUUCUCUUAAUUAUGAACCACAUAUACAAUCAUUUGUUUGGGAUAUGAAUCAUGCUCAUACUUCAUAUUUUAAGCAUCAUCUACAAAAAUCAUCGAUAAAUAACAAAUCAAAAUCAUUAUCAGAAACAUCAAUUUUAAAUCCAACAUCAGUUCCAUGUGAAACAAAUUCAGAAACAAAUAAUCAAGAUUCAGAAGUUAUAAAACAAAAAGAUAUAAUAUAUCGUUUAGUAGAUAAUAAUGUUCAGGUUAAAUUUUAA